CUUCCUUUGAAUUCCUGAAAAAGAUUCUUGAAUUUCAUCCAAUUUGCUGCAUAAUUCUCGUUUUGCGAAAUAUUUUUUGCAGCCAAGUUACAUUUUUCGUGUAGUUUUGAAACGCUAGGAGGUUGGCAGCAUUAUUAAUAAAAUGUCAACCUCUCCGGUUGUCUUCCGUCAAAAAUGAAUCACAGUUAUGGUGCGAGUGUGUUUACAUUGAAUGUUAUUAUUGUGAUAAAUGUUGUAAAAUUGCACAAAAAACGCUGAUUAUCGGGACUCCUGAUUUCAAAUACGGUACGUCAUGCCGUCAGCUCGGCUCACCCUCCGUGAGGAGGACGUGGUUCGACUGGCCCUCGAAUUCCUGCACAACCGCGAGCUGCACAUUUCCCAGUUGAGUCUCGAACGAGAAACCGGCGUAAUCAACGGCAAUUACUCGGAUGACGUUCUUUUCCUGCGACAACUGAUACUCGAUGGACAAUGGGAUGACGUACUGGAAUUCAUCCAACCGUUGGAGGCUUUGCAGGCCUUCAAUAUGCGCAAAUUUAGCUACACGAUCCUCAAGCACAAGUACAUAGAGCUGUUAUGUAUCAAGUCGGAGGCCAACGUGCAAGGGAACAGCGUCGACAACGCGGUGGAAGAAGUCGUUAAAGUCCUAAACGAUUUGGAAAAGUUUGCGCCUUCCAAGGAGGAUUACUCGAAUCUGUGCUUACUUCUGACGCUGCCGCGGCUCACCGAUCAUUUGCAAUACAAAGACUGGAAUCCGAGUAACGCCCGAGUGCAGUGCUUUCGAGAGGUGUAUCCUCUAGUAGCUGAAUUUCUACCAGGAGAUAGGAAAUCGACAGAUGCCAAUGCCAAUAACAGCGCAAAAAACGACAGACUGAUCCAAUUAAUUAUCAAAGGCAUUCUCUACGAAUCCUGUGUGAAUUACUGUCAAGCCAAAGCGACAGGAACCACCGAAUCUCAAUCGCACGAAAUGAAUUUCUCGAGAUUACUUGACGGCAGUGUUGGUUUUAGUGACUCAGAUCUUAGUUUAUUGUCUUGGUUGCAAAGCGUUCCUUCGGAAACGUUCUCUGUACCCUUCGAGCAACGAACCCUCAACGUGGACGUGGAACGUCUGGAAAGACCUUCCUUGGAGACUUCCUGGACCGAGCACAUGCUCGUCACUCCAAUUAAGCCAAAGACGUUCCCGCACUCGGCGAUGCCAUUCACUCGUCCGCGUUCGGCGGCCGAUAUCAUGACCCGUUCCCUCAUGCCGGUGUUGGACGGGUUGCCUUACGGUUUCGCCGGCGGAAGCAGCGCCGGACAGAACGGCAACCCACGUCUCAUGGCUCUCAGCACCGGAGACAUCAACACCAACGGACCCAUGUCCCGAAGUAGUUUCGCCAGUUUUCACCUCACCGGAAUAAAAAACAACAAACUGAUGAACACAUCAGUGGACCGCCUCUUCGAAAACGAGGGCGAAGUGUUCCUGAGUAACAGUUACGCAGAAUUCCAACAACUUCCCUCGAUUCAGGAACAGACAAGUACGCCGAAAUUAAACACACCCACUGGAAAUCAAGCAAAGUCGAAAAGUCCGGAGAGGAAGGUGUCGAACGCCUCGACUCCGGAACAUAAAGGGAGGGAGUCGCCGGCAUCGGUUGGAACAGCGAGGUCUUCAAGGAGGGAUUCUUUGAAUGAGAAACCGAUCGCUCCAGUGGAUAGUGUACCAGCUGGGCCAGUUGAGACGAGUUUAGAUAGGAGUUACAAUGGGGAUCUUUUUAGAGAAUUUCAGAAGCAGAAACAGAAGUUUCAGGAAACGAUGGCGCAUAAGGAACGGGAAAGGGAAGAGUUGUUGCGGCAGAUGAAUCAUGAGAAUAAAUUGAUCGAUGAUUGUAAACAGAGUGCAAAUAAACCGGUAAAUGGCACAUCUGGUCUGAAUCGCAGUACUCCAUCUCCGAAACCUAAUCUAAAUGGAAAUGGAGAUGUUUACAGGGGACUUGCUAAAGCUGAUGGCAGGGACCCUAAGGGACUACAGGAAGGACUCUACGAUGCCGUUAAGCCUGUUCCGAGGAACUCAUCAGAACAAGAUAAUAGCGACAGUAAUGGUGCUAGACCUAGAUUUGUGGCUGUUACAACUUUGGAAGAUGUUCAAGCUGUCAGAUGUGCAGAAUUUCAUCCCGGCGGUCAACUGUAUGCUGUCGGUUCCAAUUCGAAAACUUUACGAAUAUGUGCUUAUCCCAAACUCAGUGACCUCAGGGAAGACCACCAGACAUAUCAGCCGAUGGUCCUCUUCAAGAGAACAAAACACCACAAAGGCUCGAUCUAUUGUCUAGCUUGGUCGCCAAUGGGCGACCUGAUGGCCACCGGCUCGAACGACAAAACCGUCAAACUCAUGCGAUUCAACGCCGACACCUCGAACCUCGAAGGCGAAGAAAUCGAAUUAUCGAUGCACGACGGCACGAUACGUGACUUGUGUUUCCUGGAGGACACCUCGAAUAAAUCAAGCCUUCUGAUCAGCGGUGGAGCCGGAGAUUGCAAAAUUUACGUAACCGACUGCGCGACAGGAACGCCCUUCCAGGCCCUCAGCGGGCACACUGGGCACAUUUUGUCCCUAUACACAUGGGGCGGUGCGAUGUUUGUCAGCGGAUCGCACGAUAAGACUGUACGAUUUUGGGAUUUGCGAACGAGGGGUUGCGUCAAUAUGGUGACGCCCUGUACCAUCCCUGGGUCACGGCAAGGCUCACCUGUGGCGAGUCUUUGCGUUGACCCGUCGGGGAGGCUGCUGGUGUCGGGGCAUGAAGAUAGUUCGUGCGUUUUGUACGAUAUUAGAGGCGGGAGGAGCGUCCAGUGUUUCAAGCCGCAUUCGGCAGAUGUCAGGUCGAUCAGGUUUUCGCCAUCGGCCUACUAUCUACUGUCGGCGGGAUAUGACAAUAAGCUGGUGCUUACUGAUUUGCAAGGUGACCUUACAUUGCCGCUUCCGAGUGUGGUGGUCGCUCAACAUCAAGACAAAGUAAUUUCCGGCCGUUGGCACCCAUCUGAAUUUUCGUUUUUGUCGACUUCUGCUGAUAAAACCGCAACGCUUUGGGCGUUACCGCCAAUGUAGAUUUUUUUAAGAUGUUUAUAAGUCUGAAUUAACCAAUACUCAUUAUUUAUGGCUGCACAUUACUUUAACACUAAAGGUGAAACAAAUCAUAACAUCUGAUUAUUUUGUAGUAUUGUACGUCUUUUUGUCUAACUUCCAUUUCUAGCUGCCAUCGUAGAAAUUGUUGUAUAAAUCGUUUAAAGACACUAGAAGUAGAUGUUAGUCAAGGGAGUCAAGCGAUUUUUUUAAUGUUAAGAAUUUGUAAUCGAGAAUAAAACAGGCUUUCAGUUUUAUCUUAUUGACUGACAUAAUUUAUAUGUAGACACAGUUUGUUAGUAAUUUUAAUUGAUGUAACGUGUCACGUUAAGUUUGUAGAAACUUGUUAAGUUUAACUGGAAGUUAAUCUUCCAGUUUAGUGUUAACAUCUUCAGUUCUAGUGACUUUGAGAGUGCACAACUUUUGGCUUAAGUGUGCUCGGCAUGUUUGCAUUGUUGUGUUUAGUUAUAAAUUAUUGAAAUUUAACAAUGAAUUAAUGUACAUACUAACUUUUAAAGCUUUGUAUAAAAUUAUUGUAAAACGCAGUAUUUAUGUUAUAUCAUGUAAUAUUUAAAACACAAAAUCAUAUUGUUUUUUAAAUUGUAUAUCUUCUAUGUGACUUGUUAAUUUCACAAAUUAAUAAAAAAAUCUAAUGUUUAA